AUGGUGAGUAAGGAGCCCAGCAAAUGCUUACUCACCACCUCGGAAAGCGAAGUUGAGCCCGCAGCUUCGCUCGCUUUGGAGAUGAAAUAUGCACUGGAUCCCAACCGGCAGAUAAAGAAACGCAACAAAGCCCUGCAGGUGAGAUUUAAGGAUAUCUGCGAGGCCCAGAACGAGCAGCGGGACAAGCAGCUCUCCACCACCCAGGAUACAGACAAAAGAGAAGCCAAGCCCGUUUCCUACAAAACGGCGUAUCGCAAAUACAUGACGGUGCCGGCCCGGAGGUCCAUCCCCAACGUCACCAAGAGCACAGGAGUUCAGACAUCCCCCGAUCUCAAGAAGUGUUACCAGACCUUUCCUCUGGACCGGAAAAAAGGGAAUAUCAUUAAAAGCGCCUCAGCCGUUGACACCUUUAAGAGUGAGAACAACGGCUUCCUGAUAGACAUUAAGGAGAAGGACAGCAGGAGCUCAGAGGACGGCAGUCAGUGGGGCAAGAAGGCCGGCAGCCUGCAGACGGCCGAGUUCAUCUCCCACGUGGGCGAGCGGGCAAGCACGGGGCCCGGCGCAGCCUGGACCUGGCAGGGCGCUGAGCUGCACGGCUGCAGCCUCCUCAACGCGGCCGAGCCCAGCAAGGGCAAGCCGGGAGCCGAGGAGCCGGGCCAGCCCCUCCACGGGAGGGUGUUUAAGACAGAAGUGGCCACCGUCUACCUGCCGGCAGGCGGCCCGGACGCCUCGCAGCCCGAGCCCGACUGGUCGCUGUGCCCGGCGGGCGAGGAGGACAAAAAGAGGACCGUGCAUGUGAAUGGCGUGCAGGGCCAGGCGGGAGAUGCGGCCGCCUGCCCGCCGCAGGCGCAGUGCCGGGCCAGCGAAUGUAGCGAGCGGGGCCUGCAGGUGAACGCGGCGCCCAUGGAGGCUGCGCAGCCCUGCCAGGCUGCCGUCGCCCUGAGCGAGGAAUGCCAACAAAUCGUGCCUCACACGGAAGUUGUGGACUUGAAAGCGCAGCUUCAGAUGAUGGAAAAUUUGAUCAGCUCGAGUCAGGAAACCAUCAAAGUGUUGUUGGGUGUCAUACAGGAGCUAGAGAAAGGAGAAGCUCACAGAGAAGGGAAAAAUUGGCUGUUCAACAUCUACAAAGCAUGAGCAUGUCUCAGCAAGCAGGUGAGCUCCAAUCACACAAAUUGUGGAAUGGCUUGGGUUGGAAGGGACCUUAAGGACCAUCGAGUUCCCCACGAGGCCAAGUCCAGAGUUUGCCCACACCAGGCUUUCAUAUCGGACCGGUCAAGACACGGCCAACUGCGACACGUGCAGGAACAGCGCGUGUAUCAUCUACAGUGUGGAAUUGGAUUUCAAGCAGCAAGAAGAUAA